UCUCAGCUUGUACUGUUCUCUAGCUCUCUUGCUCUCUGACCAGUAGACAGCAAAUCACAAUGGCAGAAGUCGCACCAGCUCCUCCUCCCGCCAAAGCCACGAAGAAGAAGGCUGUUAGGCCAAAGCAAACAGGACCAAGUGUCGGCGAGCUAAUCGUGAAAGCUAUUUCUGCUUCCAAGGAGAAGAAAGGAGUUUCUCUUGCAGCUCUGAAGAAAGCUCUGGCUGCUGGCGGAUACGACGUAGAAAAGAAAAAUGCUCGGGUCAAGGUGGCCAUCAAGAGUCUAGUUGCUAAGGGCACACUGGUUCAAACUAAAGGCACUGGUGCGACUGGCUCCUUCAAGCUGAACAAGACACAAGCAGAGGCACAGAAGAAGGCUGAGAAGAAAGCCGCCCCUAAAGCGAAGAAACCGGCAGCAAAGAAGCCUGCUGCAGUAAAGAAACCAGCGGUGGCUAAGAAGUCUCCUAAGAAAGCCAAGAAGCCAGCCACUCUUAAGAAGGCCACAAAAAGUCCCAAGAAGGCUAUCAAGCCCGCAGCUCCCAAGAAGGCAGCCAAGAGCCCGAAGAAGGCCAAGGCUGCAAAGGCUGUAAAGCCUAAAGCAGCAGCAGCGAAGCCCAAAGCAGUAGCGAAGCCUGAGACGGCUAAACCCAAGAGGGCUGCCCCUAAGCAGAGGUAAACUGCGAUUAAGCUUCAAGCCUUCAUGAUUUGUAAACAAAGGCUCUUUUAAGAGCCACCC